AUGAUCUUUGGCACUGUGAACUCUUGCAUUGUCUGUUGCCGCUUCGCCACUGGAGGUGCACUUGUGGUACGACUGAUUCCACGCCAUCACUGCGGCAGCAGUGAAGUCCGCCGUGAGCUGCUCUCCAAGAUUCUUGCCUUGCAAGCCACUUGGAACGUGUGGCCGUUUCUCCAACAGGAAACGAGGUUCAUCAAUGGCAUUGCUCAAAGUCCUCGUGACAAGAAGCAACCGCCGCGCCGCAUGCUGUGCAAUGAAAUCCCUACCGUUGCCCAAUGGCAUCGCGUACUGAUCAAGACUGUCUCCGACGAGCUCCAGCGCCUCACGUGCCUCGCCGACCAGCAGGCCCUCCGCUCCACCACAGCGAACAAGAUUUGGUCGAAGGUGCUGACAGAGCAGAUCAUCGCCGCAUACCCCACCAUCCCCCAGCACUCAGACGUAUAA